AUGCUUGCAUCCAGCCUGUUCCUGGUUCUCUGGGUUCUUUUGAUUCUGAUGGUUCCUAUCCCUACACAUUACAUCUCCGCAUUUUUCAGCCCCACAGUGUGGGAAUUACCCCACAACACCAAAAACAUCGACCAUUUUUGGAAUCACUUCAAUAUAAAUUAUUCCCACACCCUCCCCACCUCACUGCAGCUUCACCACCACACCAAACAGCAAGGGAUAAUGGCAAGCAGCAGCAAGAGAUGGGAUAACGGCAAGCAGCAGCAAGAGAUGGUGGCGAGAGCAGCAAGAGAUGGUGGCGAGAGCAGCAAGGAGCUGACAGAGGUGGCAGCAUCAAAGCAUCCAUAUGGUUGA